CUUCACAUCUUCGGCUCCCUGGUAGCGCCAUGUUGGUUUGGGGCGGAAGUAGCGGAGACCAAGCUCGGCCCCCUUAAAGGGGCAGGGACGGCUGUAACCUUCGGGGUGAGCUGGGGGACGGAGAGGUGAAGCCACCGAGGCGGGGGUGAGUAGCUGGUGCCUGCGCGUUGCUGCCCUGAGGCCGGGCGCCGAGGCCGGAGGACCUGGUGGCCGGCUCCGAGUUCAUUUGUGCCAGAAUACUCGCUGCGUUUGAUGCUGCUGAGCUGUGUGUGGGGGACCCAUGCCCUGGCCUCAGAGCCAUUUUUUGGCCAGAGCGUUCUCCUCCAUCUCCUCUGCCCCCGGAGGAGAAGUCACCAGUGUCCCAAGGCUCUGGGAAGCAUGUUCAGGAAUGUGGCAGCCAUCUAUUUGCACCUGGCCGGGCUCCUCCAGAGAAAGAAGGCUGGAACUUCUCUCACUCGGUGCUUGCACCAGACUUUCGCCAUGGCCAAGCGGCUGCAGGCUCGCAGGCUGGACGGGAUUGACCACAACCCAUGGGUGGAGUUUUCCAAAAUGGCCAGUGAGUAUGAUGUCGUGAACUUGGGCCAAGGCUUCCCUGACUUCCCACCCCCAGACUUCGCAGUUCAAGCCUUUCAGCUCGCCCUCAGCAGUGACUUCAUGCUCAACCAGUAUACCAAGGCAUUUGGUUACCCACCCCUCACAGAGAUCCUGGCAAGUUUCUUUGGGAAGCUGCUGGGACAGGAGAUAGACCCGCUCAAGAACGUGCUGGUGACUGUGGGUGCCUAUGGGGCCCUGUUCACAGCCUUCCAGGCCCUGGUGGACGAAGGAGAUGAGGUCAUCAUCAUGGAGCCCUUUUUUGACUGUUAUGAACCCAUGACAUUGAUGGCAGGCGGUCGCCCUGUGUUUGUGACCAUGAAGCCGAGCCCCACCCAGGAUGGGGAACUGGAUUCCGCCAGCAACUGGCAGCUGGAUCCCACAGAGCUGGCCAGCAAGUUUACGUCUCGUACCAAAGCCCUAGUCUUCAACACACCCAACAACCCCUUGGGAAAGGUGUUCUCCAAGGCAGAGCUGGAGCUGGUGGCCAGCCUGUGCCAGCAGCAUGACGUGAUAUGCAUUAGCGACGAGGUCUACCAGUGGCUGGUCUACGACGGGCACCAGCACAUCAGCAUCGCCAGCCUCCCGGGCAUGUGGGAACGCACCCUGACCAUCGGCAGCGCUGGCAAGAGCUUUAGCGCCACUGGCUGGAAGGUGGGCUGGGCCCUGGGCCCCGACCGGCUCAUGAAACACCUGCGCACGGUACACCAGAACACGGUCUACCACUGUCCCACGCAGGCCCAGGUGAGCAGAGGCGGGGGAGCCGGCCGGAGGGACUGGGAACCAUGCUCUGCCGUUCUUUUCCUCUGA